GUUCCUUCUUCCUGAGAACACCUUUGGGCAGAUGUUUUUGAAAUGUGCAUCUUGGCAUAUCCCAGAGGAGAUUCUGAGCAAGAUGUGAAAGUUACCACUGCUUUCUUUGAAGAGAAGCUGGAGGAAGGUCAUGUUUACAUCUUGAAAUUAUAAAAGCAUUUGCUGCAGCGGGAAGAAGACAGGUAUAAGGAAAUGCUAGAUCUAGUGAUAUCACCCAGCCUGACUGUAAAUAGAGAGUGCCCUGACAGACUGAAGCUUAACCUUACUAACAUUUAUGCCACGGCUCCAGAUGACAUAGAAGGCAACAGCAAAGCAGCACCACAGUGUCCUCUCCAUCUCUACUCAACAAAACAUUAUCCCCAUAUAGUGACAGUCCAGUCUUUCCCAACAAUGGCAACAUAUGGACAGACUCAGUACAGUGCAGGAAUCCAACAGGCUGCUGCAUACACUUCCUACCCUCCUCCAGCGCAGCCCUAUGGCAUACCUUCCUACAGCAUCAAAACAGAGGACAGCUUGAGCCAUUCCCCAGGACAGAGUGGGUUUCUUAGUUAUGGAUCCAGUUUCAGUGCCCCAGCUGCUGGACAAGCACCAUAUACCUACCAGAUGCAUGGCACAACAGGGAUUUACCAGGGAGCCAAUGGCCUGACAAAUUCUGCUGGAUUCAGUGCUGUGCAUCAGGAAUAUUCAUCAUACCCAAGCUUUCCUCAAAGCCAGUAUUCACAGUAUUACAGCUCCUCCUACAACUCUCCCUACAUGUCCACAAACAGCAUCAGCCCUUCAGCCAUCCCAACCUCCACUUAUUCUCUGCAGGAGUCUUCUCACAACAUCACCAGUCAGAGCACAGAAUCGCUGUCUGGAGAAUAUGGAACAACCCCAGCAAAAGAUAUAGAAACAGACAGACAUCACAGAGGGUCGGAUGGCAAGGUACGAGCCCGAUCAAAAAGAAGCAACGAUCCUUCCCCCACUGCUGACAGUGAGAUUGAGCGUGUAUUUGUGUGGGAUCUGGAUGAGACGAUAAUUAUUUUUCACUCCUUACUCACGGGAACCUUUGCAUCCAGAUAUGGGAAGGACACGACAACGUCUGUGCGGAUAGGACUUAUGAUGGAAGAAAUGAUCUUCAACCUUGCAGAUACACAUCUGUUCUUUAAUGACCUGGAGGACUGUGACCAGAUCCACAUAGAUGAUGUAUCAUCAGAUGAUAAUGGACAAGAUCUAAGCACGUAUAACUUCUCUGCAGAUGGCUUUCACAGUUCAGCUGCCAGUGCAAAUCUAUGUCUGGGCUCAGGCGUUCAUGGGGGAGUUGACUGGAUGAGGAAAUUAGCAUUCCGCUACCGCCGGGUGAAAGAGAUGUACAACACCUACAAAAACAAUGUUGGGGGUUUAAUAGGAGCUCCUAAGAGGGAAACCUGGCUGCAGUUAAGAGCAGAACUGGAAGCGCUGACUGAUCUCUGGCUCACACAUGCUCUGAAGGCGCUGAAUUUGAUACAUUCCCGGCCUAACUGUGUAAAUGUGUUGGUAACCACAACUCAGCUGAUACCAGCUCUAGCAAAAGUGCUUCUCUAUGGACUAGGCACUGUCUUCCCAAUCGAGAACAUUUACAGUGCAACAAAAACAGGAAAAGAGAGCUGUUUUGAAAGAAUAAUGCAAAGGUUUGGAAGGAAAGCUGUGUACAUUGUAAUAGGAGAUGGUGUUGAAGAGGAACAGGGAGCAAAAAAGCACAACAUGCCAUUCUGGAGAAUCUCUUGUCAUGCUGACCUGGAAGCUCUUCGGCACGCCUUGGAACUUGAAUAUUUGUAGCAGACCCCAACAUCUUAGCACUGUGAGGGCUUCACUCAAACUGUUACAUCGGUUCCACCUAUUCCUCAGCAUUUUCUUGUUAAAAAAAUCCCACAGCAACUGCAGUUUUUCUUUUUUUGAAGGAGAACCCUUUCAGUGGAAGCCUCUAAGAACUUGCAGCCAAAGAACAUUCUAUCGAGUCCUUCCUUUGAACAGAGGAAGAGCCUUCAGAUAACUCUGGGGAUCCUGCAGUUACAUGCUUAAGCUGGGUGCAUAGAGCUGUAACUGCCUGUGGCCAUCAACGAGAGCCCCCAGAAGCCUUGGGUCUGCUUGUCAGUUUUCUUGCUUUUGAAAGGGGAAGAGGAAACACUCAAGACUGUGAGCGUACUCUGCGCAUAAUACAUCAUAUCACGUUGGACCUUCUGCAAACAAGAGUGAAACUGUUGAUUUUUUGUUCUGUUUGUAUUUUCUUUUAAUUUAUGAACUAAUCUCAUUACUCUGGUAUUAAGCUCUGUACCUGUGUUUUUAAU